CCUCUACGAAGUCUGUUUAGAGACUAACACCUGCGCAGGAUGAUGCGCAGUGGUCUAGAUUCCAGAACCGGACAAAAUGGACGUUACCGAUGUAAACAACCCUUGACAACGCCAGGUUUUCACGUCAAUAACUACUCUUCGGGCACUCUGUUAGAGCAGGAUGGCUCACCUGCUGGGUAGUCAGUUCUGUCUGGACAGUCUGCACAACGAUGUGCUGGACGUGCAGGCAGCUGUCAUGGAGGUCUUCUCACGGGUCGGGCCAGUCAGAUAUCCCUCCUGGAAGUUCCCAGACAAGAUCUCAUGUGACAUCAACAUUGAGAAACUGUUGGAGAGGUUCCAGUACAGCGAGGAACAGGAGGAUCUAGAGGACAACCAGGUUGCACACAUCAUGCUGUUUGAACUUGUUAUAGACAGACUGAUGCUCCUGAUGCAGAGCUGUUCGAGGUUUGCUGACGUGAUGCUGAACGCCGGACAGAGCCGGCCCCAGACCACCGUGGGCCUGAGCUCCUCCCUGUCCCUGGGUCUGGUCAUCAAGAAGUACUGGAACAAAAUGGUGCAACUCUUCACUAUGGUGCAACAGCUACAGUCAGAGAACAAAACCAAGGACAGAAAAAUAGCCAAGUACGAAGCAGCGAUGUCCAAACAACAGAGACAGAACGCUGUGAAGGACUUGUCAGCUUCCACCGUCUUCUCUACUUCUGAACUCAGCUUGUCGGACUUAAGUCUUCACGACGCAACCUUGACAAGUAAAGGAGGCUUGUCUUCAACCUCUCCUCCUUUAGACUUUGCUCGAGACGUUGGUACGAAGGCGUGUCAGACACUUGAGACUGCAUUUGUGCCUUGCGAGGCGUGUUACAGAGUACAACAGAACCUCGUAGACGUAGGCAACAACGUCGUCAACGUUUGUCAAACGCAGGGCCUUCCUUCUUCGCUAAAGACAUACAAGGCACAGCAGCACCUGGAGACGGAAAUGACAGCUGCAGACGUCUCCAGGUGGACAGCUGAACAGAACAAAGAUAUGCAGAGAAUCAACAAGCACCUGGAAAAUUUGAUGUCUCAGAUCAACCCACUGAAAGAAGAGCUAGCAGCUGUGGAGAGAGAGAAAGCAAAGCUUCAGAAGAGAAUAGACGGGUUUGACGGGGAGUUGAGAAGGGAACAGGAGGUUCAGAGAGCGGAGAUAAGACAGAGGGAGGAAAAGAUGAGGAAAGCGGAGGAAGCAAGCGCAGAGUCGCUAGCAAGGAUGAACAACAUCAACAAGGAACUGAGUGCAGGGAAGAAGGAAUUAGAGGAGAGACUAGAUAGGAUGAGAGUAGAGCUGGAUGGACAAGAACAUACCAUCAAAGAACUGGAGGUGACCAAAAAUACCCUCCUACUUGAACUAAAGGAUGGACUGGCCAACAAGUCGGAGGUGGAGCAGGUGCAAGAGCAGCUGCAUCAGGUGCAGGAACAGCUGCAACAGGUGCAGACAAAACUUUCUGACACUGAAAAGGAGUUCAACAAGGAACAAGCCAAGAACAGGAGCCUGGCAAAGCAUGAUCAGUCUAUGCAGGCGAAACACGAUAGCCUGAUCCAGCGGCUGGACGAGCUUGACCAGGAGUGCGAGGAGCUGCGGACAGCGGUCAGCGAACAGGACGAUGGUCAAGAGGAGUUACAGGAGGCUCUGGACAAGGCUCAGGCCGACAGGAAACAGGCACAGCAGGAACUCAAGGCACAGAAGGAGCUGAUGGAAUCCCUGAACAAGGAGAAGUCCUCCCUGCAGAACCUGCUCCAGACACUAGAGGGCAGUGUUGACCAGAUGAAGCAGCAGCUGCAGGAGGCCCAGGAGAGAGAGAAACUCCUGGUGCAGUACCCAGACCUGCACGGCCCGCCCAGCUCACAGGUCACAGAAAGCACAGGUGACAUCCUGACGGAUAUGGAGCGUCAGCUGACGGCCAACAACAUCCGUAUCCAGGUUCUACAGGACCAGAACCAGAGUCUGAGGAACUCCAUCGCUAAACUCAAACAGACGCAACCUCCAGUACACAACACACGGUUAACAGAGCCAGUGAGUCUAUGGAAGUCCCAGAGUCUGAACGGUCUAGAGCAGACACCAAGGCGAGGCAGCGCCAGUCCGCAGACACCACCAAGGAUGGCAGAAUGGGACACACCCGCACCAGCACCGCUUAGAAACUCUCGCUCCAAUCCCGACCUCUCUGACUCUGACAAGAGACCGCUGUCGGCUUACAGGACACGGCGCUACAGCCCAGCCCUGGACGACACCAUCUCCACCCUGGGGCUCCCCCCACGCCCCCCGGGGAAGUCGUCUGGGAGCUCUAACCGGAGGGUGGGGAGCGCUGGCAGUACAGGGGGAGGGGGGACAUCCUCACACACUCCUGCUGUCAGUGCAAUAGAUGCUUACAAGAAGAUGAAACAGGCAGGAGUAUUUGCCCCACAGAAGAACAUGGAUAUGGACACACGGGAGAGUUUCACCAUCGGGAGGGGGGCACCUGUCAGAGGUCAGGCCAAGGGCAGGAGACCUGGCAGUGGGGGCAAAGGUCACAAGUCAGAAACCAGUAAGAGACCAGUGUCCAGAGAAUCUCCCCAUGACUACCACAGGAUGGACACCUUUGUGUGCGAGGCCUGUGACAAGAUGUACACUUCAGCAAAGGAGUUGGAGAUUCACAAGUCUUACUGCUAUGGAUCCAUCUAAGACA